AUGAGAAUUCUUACUGAUCUUGGUUUUGCAGUGACGGAAGAGAGGAGGGCUGCCGAGGCGAAGAGGAUGAACGAGUCCUCCAAGCGUUGCCUUAUGCUCGGCCUUCAAGGAAAGAAGAAGAAGACCCGGCAGCCGGAAGCGGUACCAGCGUCAUCGGGAGGAGUCUACCCUGAAGACCUAACCCUCAACGAGCGUCGUGGUUAG